UUUCUCCUUCAAUCCUUUCUUUUCAGUAGACUAAAAACCCAACUUUACUCUGAUCUUAUACCUUGCUUCAGUCAUGGCUACUACUGAGACUCAGCCUGAAACUCUUCCAUCUGAUCAUCAACUUACUGUUGAUCAUGAGCUUAUUGAGAAGAAGGUUAAUGAAGAAACAGAAACAAGCAAGAAGGAAGAGAUUCCUCCUGCCGCGGAUGAUGUGGGGAAAGACGAAACAGUAAGUUCCAAAGUAGAUGGUUCUUUAGUUUCAGAAAUUCCAGUCAGUGAAGUAGAAAAAAUAGCAGAUGAAGUUGGGGAAGUUGAUCCUUCUGGGCCAGUUGUUCAGGUUGAAGCAGCUUCAGAAUCCACAGAAGGAACAGUAGAGGGGAAAACAGUAGCUGAAGAAGUUGAGAAAGUAGGGGAAGGGGGAACAAAGGCAACUGAAGCAGUUGAAGAUGGGACUAAGGAGGAACCACCAUCAACUCAAGCUGUUGAAACUGUAGAAGAGGAGAAGAAACCAGCUGCAGAAGCAGUUGAAAGUUUAAUAGAGAGGGCAGUAUCAACUGAACCAACUGAUGUAAGUGCACCAGAGGAGAAACCAGCUAUCAUUGAAAAGGUUGAAGCUUUAUUAGAGGAGAAACCUGAAGCAAUUGAAGCAGUUGAAAAUGUAAUAGAGGAAAAACCAGCAGCAACUGAAGCUGUUGAAAUUGUACCGGAGGAGAAACCAGCAGCCUCUGAAGCAGUUGAAAUUGUACAAGAGGAUAAACCUGUGGUAACUGAAGCAGUAGUUGAAAAUGUUCCAAAGGAAGAACCAUCAAUUGAAACAAUUGAAAGUGUAGCAGAGAAGCCGGCCGUAGCUGAGACAGUUGAAACUGUAUUAGAGGAGAAACCAAGAGAAAUUGAACUAGUUGGGGAUUUGCUGAAGGAAAAAUCAUUGUCAACUGAAACAGUUGAAGAUGUAGCAGAGAAGAAACCAGAAGCAGUUGAAGCUGUUGAACAUGUAGUAGAUGAGAAACCAAAAGUUGAAUCAGUUGAAAGUAAAAUAGAGGAGGAACCAGCAAAGGAAUCAACCAUAAGUGAACCUGAAGAAAAACCAGCAGCUGAAUCAGCUGAGAAGGUAACAGAGGAGAAACCUGAGGUUGAAGUUGUUGCAAGUAAGGUAGAGGAGGAACCAGCAAAAGAGUCCAUCACAAGUGAACCAGAGGACAAACCUGCAGUUGAAUUAGUUGAAAAGGUACCAGAGGAGAAACCUGAAGUUGAAGCUGUUGCCAGUAGCGUAGAAGAUGAACCAGCAAAAGAGUCCAUCACAAGUGAACCGGAAGAAAAACCAGCAAUUGAAUCAGUUGAAAAGUUACUAGAGGAGAAACCUGAAGUCGAAGCUAUUGCAAGUAAGGCAGAGGAAGAACCAGCAAAAGAGUCCGUUACAGGUGAACCAGAAGAAAAACCAGCAGUUGAAUCAGCUGAAAAUGUACCAGAAGAGAAGCAGGAAGUUAAAGUGGUUGAAAGGAAAAUAGAGGAGGGACCAGCAAAAGAAUCCAUCAUUAGUGAAGCAGAAGAAAAACCAGCAGUUGAAAAGGCAUUAGAAGAGAAACUUGAAGUUGAAGCAGUGGAAAGUAAAUUGGAGGAGGCGCCAACAAAGGAAUCCAUUUUAGCUGAGCCAGAAGCAAAACCAGCAGUUGAAUCCAUUGAAAACGUGCCAGAGGAAAAAGUGGAAGUCGAAGCAGUUGAAAGUAAAAUAGAAGGGGAACCAGCAAAGGAACCCACUGUAACUGAGCCAGAACUGAAGGCAGUAGUUGGAUCAGUUGAAGAAGUUUCUCAAGGAGAGUCAAAGCUAGUAGAAAAUGUAGGAGUGCUUAAGGCAGCAGAACCUAAACCAGAGGAACAGCCACAACUCAAGGAGCAGGUUGAAGCAACAAAAGAGGAAGAGACAGUGAAUGCAGGUCAAGAACAUCCUGCAGGAGAAAACAUUGUGCCUACUGGUGAUGACGCUCAAGUAGAUGUUAAAGUUGAAGAAGCAAAGAAUGGAAAAAUUGAAGAAGACAGUGAAGUAAAGAAUGAGAAAAGUGAAGAAACAAUUACACCACAGGAUGUGAGUCUCUCCAAUGAUGUUGCAGAAGUUGCCAAAGAAUCUGUUGAAGGAGAAAAUGGCUCUAGAGACCUGGAAGUGGUCAAAGAGGAGGAGACAGUCCCCGCGUCUGUUGAGGUUAGUGAUGGCAAAAACGUAGAGGAAAAGGUAAAUGAACCAGUUGGAGAAACCAAGGAUUCUGAGUUGAAUGUCAAGGAAGAGGAGUCAGCCAAAGUUGAUACAGAUAAGUUGGAGACUACAAAAGAAGUUGCCAUUGAGGAGCCCUCCGAAAAUACUGAUGAUGCAAUAACAAAUAAAGAGCUUCCUGCUCAGCUGUUUUCAGUAAAGCCCUCAACAAAAUCAUCAGGUAACAUAAUGUCAAAGGUAAAACAGUCCAUUGUGAAGGUGAAGAAAGCUAUUAUUGGAAAAUCACCGAACUCAGGAAAAGGCGACCAAAAAGUCAAAUAAAUACUGGUAUACAAAAUUUCACAGAAUUAUUGAUCUUCUGGUUUGGUAUCAGAUAUUGUGUAGUUCUACUGGUUUCAACAUGGAGUUACCUCUAGGAGGAUAAGUGGGUGUACAUAGAAGGUAAUUACCAUGGAGUUUGUUCUGUUAUAGUAAGAUGGAAGAAGUUUUUGCUCUUGGCUUCACAUUAGGUGCAGCUGCAAGUAUCACUUGUUUUCAGUUUGCUUCAAGUAUAUGUUGAUGAGUGAUGUGUGGCAUGUUCAAUUGAUUCAUAAGGGUGUGUUUGAUUUUUUGAUUUGAUUCAGUGACAUAUGUAAUUGCAUUUGUAAUUAAUAUUGUUUUAUCUA